GCCGCGUGUGAUUUGUGUUCUGCCUCGGAACACCGAUUGUUUAUCGCCGAAUCGGAUACACAAUGAGCGCUACAGUUGGUUUGUUGCGCCUACAAAGGCUAAUCCGUGGUUCGUGUGCGCUAGCGAGAUGUUUACAGCCGAACGGUAGUCAUCUAUUGCCACCAUCGGCCACUUUGUUGCGUGGUAAGGAGCUGAGUGCCUUUAUUAUUUCCAUUGACCGAUUGCUCACUACGAAAGUGGCCGAGGAUGCAUCAUCGGGCCCUUCCGGUUACCACUCGAUCAUACGAGAUCAGGAAAAAGCGGUUGGCGAUACUGAUCGGCACGAGUUUCAGGCCGAGACACGGAUGCUGCUUGACAUCGUAGCCCGCUCGCUGUACUCCGAUAAGGAGGUGUUUGUCCGUGAACUCGUUUCCAACGCAAGCGAUGCGCUGGAAAAGUUCCGUUUCCUCUCCCAAACGUCGGCGAGUGCGGACGAGUUCGUUGAGGCGGAUCGGGCACUCGAGAUUCACAUCGGCACCAACAAGCAAGAACGGCAGCUUACGAUCCAGGACACCGGAAUCGGUAUGACGCGUGACGAACUGAUUGCCCACCUAGGAACAAUUGCGCGGUCCGGUUCGAAGCACUUUAUCGAGCAACUGAAGGAGAGUGGCCAGGGUUCGCAGGAAAAUGUACAGAACAUUAUUGGCCAGUUCGGGGUUGGGUUCUAUUCCGCGUUCAUGGUAGCCGAUCGGGUGGAUGUUUACACACGCUCGGCAAAGGCUGGGGCCGGACCGGGGCUCAAGUGGUCCUCGGACGGCUCGGGCACGUUCGAGGUACAGGAAGCGGAGAAUGUGGCCAUCGGGACAAAGAUCGUCAUUCACCUGAAGGCGGACUGCCGAGAGUUUGCGGACGAGGACCGGAUCCGUGAGGUGAUCCGUAAGUACAGUAAUUUCGUCGGGAGCCCUAUCUACCUAAACGGCAAGCAAGCGAACCAGAUUCAACCGAUCUGGCUCAUGGAACCAAAGCAGGUUACUCCCGAGCAGCACAACGAAUUCUAUCGCUUCGUAGGCAACACGUUUGACACGCCGCGCUUCGUGUUGCACUACAAAACGGACGUGCCGCUGAGCAUCCGUGCACUGCUGUACUUCCCCGAGGGUAAACCGGGACUGUUUGAGAUGUCCCGAGAUGCCGACGUCGGUGUGGCGCUUUACACGCGCAAGGUGCUGAUACAAUCGAAGACGGAAAAUCUGCUCCCGAAGUGGUUGCGCUUUGUGAAAGGCGUGGUCGACUCGGAGGACAUACCGUUGAAUUUGAGCCGCGAGCUGCUACAAAACAGUGCCCUAAUUCGGAAGUUGCGGACCGCCCUCACGAACCGGGUAUUGCGCUUCCUGCACGAUCGGUCGGUGAAGGAACCGGAAAGCUACACCAAGUUCUACAAGGACUACGGGCUGUUCCUGAAAGAGGGUAUUGUAACGAGCCAGGAGCAGCAAGAGAAGGAAGAGAUCGCCAAACUGUUGCGCUUCGAGACGAGCAAGGAACCGGACAACAGCGUAUCGCUGCCCGAGUACUGCCAACGGCAGGCCGAAGGUCAGAAGGACAUCUACUACCUGGCAGCCCCGAACCGGACACUAGCAGAAGCGUCACCGUACUACGAAUCGUUGAAGAAGCGUGGCCUCGAGGUCCUGUUUUGCUACGAGGCGUACGAUGAGCUCGUGCUGAUGCAGCUCGGCAUGUAUCUGGGCAAGAACCUGGUGUCGGUGGAAAAGGAAAUGCGUCGCUCGGACGGGGCCAGUGCGCAGCAGGACGAGCAGGCUGCAGCAAUAGAAGGUUCACUAUUAAAAGCACAGAUCGACGAGCUGUUGCCUUGGUUGAAGCAACGGCUGGCAGGGAAAGUAUCCACGGUCAAGACGACCACCAAGCUCGACAGCCACCCAUGCGUCGUGACGGUGGAAGAAAUGGCGGCGGCUCGACACUUUAUUAAAACACAAAGCCACAACAUCAGCGAAGAAAAUCGGUACGCGUUACUGCAGCCGCAGUUCGAAAUAAAUGCCAAACAUCCCAUCAUCAGAAAGCUCCACAAACUUACGUCCAGCGAUCCAGCGCUAGCGGAACUGCUGGCGAAGCAACUGUUCUCGAAUGCGAUGGUGGGCGCGGGCCUGGUUGACGAUCCGCGCAUGCUGCUUACCAGUAUGAACGAUUUGUUGGAAAAAGUACUCGACAAGCACUAGUUGAGAUUCUUUGCUAGCUGCAAAUGAUUGAAGCAAAUACGAUUGGUGCGGUGUGUUCAUGCAAUAAAAAGCGUAUAAGUAAUAGUAGGAUGGCUUACAUUGGCCUCGUGCAUUUGGUUGAUAAAGGUGAUAAGAAUGACAAACAAUAAAAUGAAAGAAGAUUGAGUAAAUUUUAUCAAAUUUCCUAGAAACGAUUGUUACUCAAAA